AUGAGUGCAGAAUCGUCGAAGAAAGUCGAUACAUUGAAACUAUCAUCAUCCGACAAAAUCGAUACUCCAUUGUACAAGAAGAAAACGUUCGAUUUCACCGAUUAUGCAUAUCGUGAGGCUGUAAAUCGACUCAAGUUCCUUCUCACGGAAGCAUAUGAGCCAACUAAGGUUGCCACGUCGAUCUACUACCGCGGAGUGGAUGAUGUUAAAUCGGAAGCAUCGGACAAUCAGUCGGUCGUGGAGAGGCCCUCGAUCACAGAAGUUUCGAAAUAUUUCAACCAUGGUGCUCUAUCACGGUACCAAUCGGGGACCAGUGGCGGCGGUCGUCGAUAUAGUUUUCUGAAUAAAGACUUCGGUACGAGUCCGGCAUUGAAACCAGCAGUGUCCACAGCUAAUCUACAACCGGCACCAUCAGUGUGCAGUUUUUCUCAGAAUCUGGAAAUCACUCAUCCACCUCCAGAGUUGCUUGGAUUCAUUGAGAAGCAGGAAAACUAUAUUGAACAGUUGGAAAAGGAGUCUCAGUAUUGCAGGGAGGAACUGGCCACCCUGUUGAAAAAGGUGAAGGAUGUGGUUUCAGAAAAUGAAGCUCUCACGGAUCGAGCUCGAUCAAAAUCGAUCUACCAAAUUGACACGUCGGAAAGCGAAGAUUUGGAUUUAGAUCGGAUGCGCGAAAAAACGAAGCUUUCAGGGCCGAACAUUGUGUUCGAGUCGCGAAUCAGUGAGCUGGAAGCUCAGUUGGCGCAAUCGCAGAUCGACCUGAAGAAGCUGUUUAACGAAAACGAAGAAAACAAACGCAAACUGUUGCACGGAUCGAGUGAUGCUAGUUGUUCCGAUGUAUACCGGAAGCAAGUGGAAAAUUUACAAAGGGAUAAACACAACCUGGAAGAAUCGGUCCGGAAGCUCCAGCUAGCCAUUGAUCAGCUGAAGGACUCCGAAGCGACGAACUUCUCCAAAUCUCAGCGAAGUCGUGAUAUGAUUGAACAUGUUGCUUUUGAGCGAAACCAGGCGGAGAUUGAGAUUCGGCGGUUAAAGGAUGAGUUGGAACGCCAGCACGAGCGAGUACGUGAAGUUCAACUCGAAAUGGCCAAACGGCUUUCCGAGGAACGUGCAAACGCCGAACGACGGUACACGUUCCAAGUUGAUCAGUUGGGAGGAGACUUGAGUAGCCAGUGGGACCAAGCGACGAAACUACAACUGGAGGUGGAACGCAUGAAACGCAUCGAAUCGGAUUACAAACGGGAACUCAACCAGAAGAAUUCCCAGAUUGAUGAGUUGAAGAUGGAAUUGAAGAACAAAACGGCAAUCUUCAUGUCCGAUCUGAAUCAAGCAAGUGCGGAAAAACAAUCCAUUGAGCAGGAGAUUACUUCACUGAGAUUGCAAUUGGAACGAGCAGAGCGUCAAUCUAAAGUAGAGGUUUCCCGUUUGAAUGCUGAAAUCACUUCACUUCGGCAGCGCUUGGAUCGAGCUGAUGCUGAUUUGCUCCAUUCCAAACGAGAAAAUUUAAAACUUUCAGAUGAGGUCGCUUCACUUGGAAAGGAACUAACUUUCGGAGAGUUGAACAAAGAAACCCGCCCGUCCAAGGAACUUGCGAAAAUGAUUUCCGACAUGGAGGCCAAACAUGCCGCCACCGUGUCAGAGCUCGAGGGCAUGGUUCAAGAUCAAAAACAGCUCAUGGACAAACUAACUGCAGAAUGCAGAAGCUUAACGCAUAAGUUAGAGGACACGACACUGCAACAUAAAAACGAAAAGAAGGAGCUGAGACAAACGAACAGUGAAUUGAUGGAACGUUUAAAGCAAGUCUGGGCAAACUACAAGGAAAUCAGUCCAGCUUUCCAAAAACGGAAGUAUAGCUCCGACCAGCUGGACGCAGACUCAAAUCUUUCAUCGGCAUCGAAUCACGACCCUGAGCUCCCAAGAUCGUAUCACGGCCCGGUAGCACAGCCGCCCACUAUCCACCAAUCAGAGCAGCCCAACAGCCUGAUGAUGCCAUUGGUCGAUCAACAGCCGCCGCACAACCAUCUGCUGUUGGCAAAACAUCCCGACCCGAAUCACAGAUAUCCGAUAGACAGUAUGCCACCAGUCGGCAGCAACCAAAUGCCGAGUUGUCUCGUACAAGCUCCAUCAUUGACAACAAUGAACCCAAAGGAAACAAGUACACCGAUGAGAAACGAAGCGAGUCUCGUCUUUCCCGAGCAUCGAUCCCCAAUGAGGACACUGCAGCCAAGUUGCAAGGAAAGGAGUCGGAGCCUGGACGUACUGACGCUGAACGACUAUCCCGGACAAGCGACAGUACAACCACUAAACCAGACGGCACCGGCAGUAGUGGCAGAUUAUCACGCGAAUCCAUUGUCGGCAGCGAACGGGCAUCCAGGCAAUCGAUUCGACAACCUACUGCAUACAUCGAGCAGACACAACCCAACCAGUAUGUAUCGGAGCCAGGGCACGCCGAAUCCGUGGAACAGUACCUACCAACAGCAGUCGAUCAAUACCCAUCACAAUCCGGAGAUAUGGAUCAAUCCUACCAGCAACCCUAUGAUGAGACCACCGGAUACGAUGCAUCCCAGUAUGACCCCACCCAGCAGUAUGACCAAAGCCAAUACGAUGAAUAUGGAAAUCAACAGUACGUGCAAGAAUCAUAUGACCAACAAGGCUACGACCAACAACAGCAGUACCAGGAUUAUCAGCAACCAUAUGAUGCACAGCAGUACACCACUGAGCAAGUAUAUGAUGAAUCAAGCUACCCCACCGAGCAGUCCGUACAGUCUCCAACCCAGCGACCUGCACCAGCGCCAGCAACCACACCAGCGCCAACAGCCACACCAGUCCAGCUGCAGGAACAAACAGAAAGCAGCCGAAAUGUGGGCUACACGCGCUCGAGAAAUCCCCCGGGACCCUCUGGAAAUGCUCCGGCAUCAAAUGGAACCAAACAACCCCAGUACAAGCAACCAACAGGGGCCUCAAACAAGUAGAGACCAUUGCUACAAUAGCUUACCACGACAGUUGCCAGAAAGUUGCCAUUUUCAACCAAUCGAGUCCUAUCCGAGUCUCAGCAUAAGUAGCCCUAGUUUGUUCGGUACUAGUCCCGAAACUAGUCUAACGCCAUCGCCAACUACAACUGUGCUCAAGAACUACAAUACCGCUAGUCCUAAUCCUCAGUAAGAGUGUAGCAGCAGCAAUAGCCGGACGCUCUAUUUAACUCUAUUAUUCCAUUGUUUCAAGCAGACGUAACGAGAAAUAAACUACUUAUUCCAUAGUACGCAUUACAAGCACGAGAGGAAAUACAUAUUUA